UUUUUUUUUUUUUUUUAAAUCCCCGAGACAGAAAUGUAGAAAAAAAAAAAAAAAAAAAAAACAAGAGGAAAGAGAUUUGUAGACCGUAACAAUAGAAAAAGAACCACAACUAUCCAGGGAUUAUUGGAACAAUAACGCUCACGAACGGGGACUCGCACCGUGCAACAGCAGGGCUGUUAUUUUUAUUGCAGAAGAGAAGGACUUGAAAACAUUUAAACAGCAACGAUCUUGUUGCAAAUGAUUCGCACGUCUUGGAGAUAACCUGUGCAUAACAUGAUUUUAUAACAGUAACGACUGUUUUGCACAUAAAUGCAGAAUUAAUAUGACUCAAGAGCAUUAAUAUUUUGAAGCUUGGAAGUGAAGCGAAGUCGUCUCUCGUCGUUUUUAAAUAACAAAAGCAUUACCCUCAAGGGGGUACCGAGGUACAGUAACUUGCUUUGUGUCUCAGUUCUAUUCAUUUUAAGCAAUGCGGUCAAAUAAAGGACUUUGAAGACGAGGUCUUCAUGCUAUUAAUUAUUUCUAGCAAUUGGAAACAGAAAAAAAAAUCACUCAUUGUUAGUACAGGAAACCAGGAUUAAGUAACUCGCAUCACAACUGUAAGGGGAUAGUGUGAGAAAUAUAAUGAAACGAAAUUGUUGAAGGGGAAUUUGACAUUCUCUUCAGUUAGAGUUAGGAGAUCUCGCAUGAGACAUCACACAACAGCAAUACUACAGCAAGUCUACAAAUCUCUCCGAUCGGUGUGGUUUAACUGUGUAUUUAAACGUUACAUUUAAUAACCCGAGGGGCAUAACUUGAGUAUGUUAGUACUGCUGAUGUGAUUUAAAAAAUAAAAGCCGUCACAUUUAUCAUUGGAAUUGUUGAAUAUUAAGGUUUUGAGUACCUCCCUAGGACUCAAGCUACAGCGUGUUGUACUGGAAUACUGUACUGCACUUCGGAACUUCGUGGGUCUAGAACGCCGCGAUCAGACGGUAGCGAUUCAGGAUUCUGUGGUUCGAGCAACAUCGGAACCCCGAUUCAACGCUGAGCAUGGCGGCUGUUGUGAGCUACUCGCCUCCUUGGUGGGUGAACCUGUUACACAGACUCCCUCAUUUCAAUUUCCAGUUUGAACAGAUAAGCGGAGAAUUUCGACCUGAAGAUUCUGAAUACCAGGAGUCGUUGCUGCUGCUGGGGGCAGUGGCGCUGGCCUGCCUCGCUCUGGACCUCCUCUUCCUGCUCUUCUACUCCUUCUGGCUGUGCUGUCGCCGUCGGAAGAGCGAAGAACCGGCGAACGCGGACUGCUGCUGCACCGCCUGGUGUGUCAUCGUCGCCACGCUCGUGUGCAGUGCUGGCAUUGCCGUAGGUUUCUAUGGGAACGGCGAAGCCGGCGAUGGAAUCCACCGGCUCACAUACUCCCUCCGGCAUGCCAACCGAACCGUGGCGGGGGUGCAGAAAUUGGUUUCUGAAAGCACAACCUCCUUGAACCAGACUGUGGAUGUGGGUCUCAGUGAGCUGGAGGACAAGUACCAGAAGCAUGCUGAUUACCUGUCCAUCGUGCAGAAGCUGCAGGGCCAGCUGGAUGAGCUGGUGAGACAGGUGAUCGAGAUCCCCUUCUGGGAGAACAACGAGGUCUCUCUGGAGGAGCUGGCUGUGAGAACUGAGCUCUACGACUGGUACAGGUGGUUGGGGUACCUCAGUUUGCUGCUCUUCGAUGUGCUCAUCUGUCUGCUUGUGCUCUUCGGACUCAUCCGCAAUUCCAAGGGCACUCUCAUUGGGGUCUGUUUCCUGGGAGUGUUGACCCUAAUUAUCAGCUGGGCUUCGCUCGGUCUGGAACUAGCCGUUUCCACGGGUUCCAGUGAUUUUUGCGUGUCCCCCAACAUAUACAUCUCCAAAGUCGCUGAAGAGAAUGCAGUUAUCAGUAAAGAUAUUCUGCAGUAUUACCUGACAUGUAACACUGGACACCCAAACCCUUUCCAACAGAAACUGUCAGGGAGUCACAAAGCCCUUGUUGAGAUGCAGGAUGAUGUGACAGAACUGCUGAGAUCGGCUAUCCGUGACUACCCCCAGACCAAGAGGAAUCUAGAACAAAUCCAAGGGGUGUUGAACUCCACAGAGAUUGGCCUCCACCAGCUCACUGCUCUGGUCGACUGUCGCAGCCUGCACAUGGAUUACGUCCAGGCCCUGACUGGGUUGUGCUAUGAUGGAGUUGAAGGCCUCAUCUAUCUGGUUCUCUUCUCCUUCAUCACUGCCCUCAUGUUCAGCUCCAUCAUCUGUAGUGUCCCACACACCUGGCAGCAUAAAAGCAGUGAGGAGGAUGACGAGGAAGAGUCCAUGGCUCAGGGGAACCGGCAGGCUCAUGAUAACCUGUACCGUGUACACAUGCCUAGUCUGUACAGCUGCGGAAGCAGCUAUGGUAGUGAGACCAGCAUCCCUGCCGCUGCACACACAGUCAGCAAUGCACCCGUCACAGAGUACAUGAGCCAGAAUGCAAACUUUCAGAACCCUCGGUGUGAGAACACGCCUCUGAUUGGCAGGGAGUCCCCGCCUCCUUCUUAUACCUCUAGCAUGAGGGCAAAAUACCUUGCCACAAACCAGCCGGAAUCCAACAGCCCCGCCCCCUAAGGACCCCUCCCCAACCUGCAUGCCACUGGAAACGAACUGGGGACCAUCCAGCUUCCAGACUCUUCCAACUGUCCAACAGUCGCUCAGAUCCCUUGCUAGGCAAAGCUGUUUUCCCUUUCACCUUCAGUCCGGAAAUUGGAGCCUUUUCAACUGAUCACGGCUUAUGAUGUCAUGGAUGGGCACUUGUAAGUCUCUUUAUUGUGUAGAGAUCUGCCCUGGUCUCAAGUUUCACACCAGGUAGAUUCAAGAACCAACAUCAAGAUCAAAAUAGUUUGUGGUUUCAGUUGUUUUUUUUUUUUUUUUUUUUUUUUUUUUUUUAAAGACAUUCUCUGCUUCGGAAUUACCUUUUUUAAUAAAUAUUUUACAAAUCCACUUUUCAUCAAAUGCCUCUGUUGCUACUGGAGAAAGUGCAACAAAUACACACUGCAUCUUCGAUCAUCAACUUCGCCUGUUUGUUUCUGAUUAAUUUAUGUUACAAACCACUAUGAGUUGUUUGAGUUUGCUUUUCAUUAAAAAAAAAAAAACAUCUUUACCUUUGUAAAGAAGAGAAGAAACCCUGCUGACCUCCUUGCAAUUGUCAUUGCAGUGAAGCUUGAUCAAUAAUAAUAACAAAAGCAUGCUUAGAUUAUGUCAUAUUACCUUUCUCUGACCUGGGUGCAGAAUCAGCCAUUGUAUAACCUUUCAGAAUUUCUUUCAAACAAUUCUGAAUUGCUGCUGAAUGUUAGAUCCAUUGAAAUCCAGUGUGAUGUGUGUUAACCAGGUGGUUUUGUCAGUGAUGUCUGUAAAACUUUGAUCCAGAACAAUAGCAGUGUUCCAGUCAUGCAAAAUGAGUGCUGUAGCUCAAUACAUUUAGAGAUUUUAAAAAGGCACAGAGAUCCGUGCCUAGGCUGAACUUACUUCAAACUUAUCCAUAAAUGGCUAGGUAGUUACUGUCAGAUUUUUGACAGCUAAACUUAAUAGUGUGGAUAUUUAAUAUAUUUUAAUUCCAUUAUUUUGGACAGAAUGCACAGUCUAAUGGAAAUUCUGAGAUGUGUAAUCAGUCAAGAUUUAUUUUUUAUAUUUCUUUUACAUGUAUGGAUAAUAGAAAGUUUAUGUCUUCAUCAGGAACAUGGUGCUAUUCAAAUCUUGAAUGGUGAAACUUCAUAGGCAUCAGGCUAUAAAUAGCUGGAUGUGUACGGAUGUAUUUGUGGAGUGGAGCUGUGCAUGCCUAAUCUCACUGAAAACAAGGCUGUAUUGUCUAAUAACUCAAGCUGCCCUACAGAGACACCUUACAGCUGAGGUUCCUUUCUAAUUCCAUACCUGGGGCGAUGCCGAUUACUGAGUUUUCAUUUUGCUGGGUGAUUUCCAUGUUUUGUUUCUGCUUUUAAAAAAAAAAAAUAAUAAAUUCUUGUCUUAACUAGACUGCGAGUCACCUUUACAUGACGUAUUUUUCUAUUCAAGCUUUUAUAGAAGCUUCAGAAGUGCAAUGCCAACAGAGACUAAAGGACAGACCAGUGGCUUUCCUGGUGGUUAUAAUAAUUUGAUCUGUGAAGAGGGGGGGGGUUCUGCCAUUGGAAUGAACUGCCACUAAAUUAAAGAAAGUGAAGUGACUUGUAUAUGACUUAAAUUGAAUUGUGAGCACCUGUGUGCAUGUGUUAAAGUAAACUGGACACUGCGUGUUACAACAUCUACAUAAUAAGGAGGGCAUCAUGACCAGUGCCAAAAUCUAACUGGAGAAAAAAGAAAACAAAACAAGGUACAUCUCCUGGAUGAUCUUCCCCAUUUUUGUGCAUUUUUUGUGAAUUUCCAAUAAGGGAAACAUUUCAAAUGGAAUUGCGAUAAUCAAAAACAAGAUCUCUGGAUUGAUGUCGGGUUGUUUAAUGUUUUUGUUU